CAGCAGGUAGCACUUACAUUAUUGAUGGGGCACGGCUGCAGGCAGGCUGCUUGCACGGGGCAGAGCCUGAAUCCACCUGUUUGCUGUUACUCCAGUUGCUUAGAGAUCACAAACAGCCUGCCCUCACGAUGUGUGGCUGCAAGGCCAGCGUCCCCAGCACAAAGCACUACUCCGUCAGUCCUGCUUCCCCCCAGAAGAGCCCUCCAGCCGCAGCGGGGAUGCCUAAGCGCAUACCUAUAGCCAAGCAGCUGGCAUCAAUAAAAGCUCUAGAAAAAGGCUCAGACCUUGAAAAAGCCGUUGCUACUGCUGCGCUGGUGUAUAACAACGCUGCUGACCCCGAGGGCAAACUCAGCAAAGCUGAAACCAAAAACCUGCUGCAGACCCAGUUUUUGAGUUUCAUGCAGGGCCAAGAAAAUAAACCAAAAUACCAGGAAGUAAUUUCUGCCCUGGAUGAGGAGACAGAGAACAAAAUUGACUUUGAAGAUUUCAUGAUCUUGCUGGUCAGUCUCACUCUAAUGUCUGACCUGCUGCAGGAGAUCAAAAACAUGAAAACCACCAAAUGACCGGUGCUUUAAAGGAAGAAAUAGUUUUGCACUUUACAAGGAAAGUGGGAGUGAAACACGCACAGAGAUAACACUGAGUGCCUGAAUCCCCUCUGCUGUUCCCUUUCAAAUGGAAUAAAGUCUUGUCCAAACCCGCCUGACCUCGCUUCUCUGCAGAGAAAGUGUCUGUGGGCAGUGUCCUGGCAGGAACGGCUGUGAAAUAGGGCCGAGGGCUUCGUGUCUGUGCCAGCGGCUGAGCCCGGGGUCGACUCUUGCCCUGCAGCCCCCAGGGAGGUCCAUGGAGCAGCACCCGUGGUGGGGUUUGCCACUGCCACCCGUGGGGCAAUCUGCUGCAGCCUUCAGUAAGAACUGAGUUAAUCCACGUGCUUUUCACCUUAAGGCUAAGCCUUCUGGAUGGAGCUUUAUUUAUUUAUUUUUAUUUCCUCCUCCAGCUGGCCCGUUCAAUGAGCGAUCACUGCGGAAGGAAUUUCCAAGUCCAGCCUUUGCAAUGUGUCUUUUGGCAGAGGUGUGCUCGUGUGACCAGAGGGGUGACUUAGUUCAACGUGUCAGUCAGCUGGGCCUGUUAUUUCCUGAAAAUGUGAAGAGGAGAGAGCAGAUAAGCUCAGGGAUGGUCAGGACUAGGGGAGUGGGAAAAGGGCAGCUGAUGAAGUGCAGGUGUUGGAACUGGGUGAUAUCUACCACCUUGCGUGGUUAGGGCCAGGGCCUUGGUGCUAAAUGCUCAUCGUUCUCAUGUUUGUUUUGAUUCCUUCCUGUAAGGUCCUGGCUCACAGCCAGCAUUUAGCCCUCCGGAAUAGUCCUCUGGGGCACAAAAAGCGUUCUCACACCCCAGUAACAGAGCAUCCUCGGUAAGAAUUUAGCAGGCCUCUGGGCGAACCAGCAAAACAGUGCAACCCCUUUCCUUUUCUCCUCUCCCUUGCUUGAAAAGGUGACAGUGAUUUAGCUUUGGUACAUAAAAAUAUAUAUAAAACAGGAUGGGAUGAAAACCUUUGGUGCUAAAAGAGGGAAAUUAACGUCAGCUGUGUAACCAGAUUUAACUCCUUGGCAUGAAAAGGUUCUUAGUGCUUCCAGAAAGGAAGAGGAUGCUUUGCAUUGGAUUUUGGUCAAGCUGUGGCAGGAGGAUGGCAGCCAGCUGUUUAGAGAGGACAGGUCUGUGUCUUUCUGCAGCCUGUAAUGGAGCUGAAAGAAGUAAUGUGAAUGGGUUUGGGGAUGGAGCUCAGCAGGGAAGGGGCUGCUCGGGGCGCUGGUCCCGGGGCAAGGGCCUGGCCUGACCUGGAGGCUAAAUAUUCACAGAUCAAAGCGAGGCCUAAUUCUGGUAGCUUCAUCCAUGUGGGCAUCGCAGCUUUGUACAGUUAAUGUGUCCCCAGUCUCUUCCCCCAGCCCCUUGCUUUUUCUUUGAAAGCUUAUGGAAAAAGCAGAUGCUCCUUCUCCAGGGUAGAAAGGCAGAUUGAAUGCAAGAGUGCCUAGAAGGCUUUUCCCAUUACCAAAGUAAAGAAAUCGUGGCAUAGCCCUGAAAAGCUUGUUUGAGAGCCACUGAUGACUUUGAAAACAUGAAUUUAUUAAUAUCCCUCUGUUACAACAAAAAGGCAAAAGGAACAAUAUUGUGAAGCCAAUUAAGAAAGCGUUCUUUGAAAUCGCUAAGGUCCUAACACAGUUUCUGUUAUUGCUGAAACAUUUCUUAAUCUUGCGUGACUUGAAUUAAUGACUUAAGAGCCUUUUGUCAGAUCAAUUCACUCAGUCGUCCUACCACGUGCAAACCCUUCGUAUUCUAAUGCAGUCCCUGUUGUGCACUAGCAUCCAGAGUGCCUGGCUUCCAUCAAAAGCCUAUUGUGCACAGCACUGCAAAAAUCCAGAGUAAGAAGUAAUUCCUCAACAGCAUAGAUAUUGGAGUGGUAGGGAAAGAACCAGAGGUGCAGAGAAACCAGCAAGUGCUCGGUGCACGUAGCAGAACUGGAACUGUGUGCCAGUCCUUGGGUACCUGCCCUUGACAGUCCUGCCUGAUGCUCAAAAGCAGGGGGGUGCACUCGGAAGAGCCCCAGCACCUUCUUAUAGGUAGGAGUAGGCAGAAGUUUGCAACUCGGCUGUGGAAGGUGCUCUUUUAUCAGCUCAGACUAUUUGUGGCUGCCCCGAGCACUCUCAGCUGACGGCUUUGAAGCUGAUCUGGCGUAGACAGCAUGUCUGGCUUCAUCCUUAGGGAGCUGGCUAAAAGCUUCCUUAAAAGGCUACUGUUGUGCUUUAUUUUGUUCCUAGCUCGCUCCUAUUGGAAGCGAUGGGAGUUCAUCAUCGAUUUCUCAUAGCAGAGCCCACGCGAGUGCUCAGGAGUCGAGCAGGCAGCUAAAUUGAUGAAAACUACAUACUCUUCUGCAAGUGUGAACAUCGUAUCAAUAUCUGAUCCCACUCCUGGAAGUGAAGGCAGCGUGAAGAGCAGCUAGUCAAAACUUGACCUCUGUGGGCCUGGACUGGGAUUUUUACAGCUAUGCUGUUCAGGUAGGCUCUGCAGACUUCAGAUCUAUGUCUUAAGUUCUGUCAUCUCUGCCGGUCUGUGAGCUUUCAAAUGACUGCCAGAGGAGCCAUGGGGGUCAGGAGAGCUGGGCUGAAAGCUUCAGCCUCAGAUCUUCAGCUUCUGUUGCCAACUAUUGUCUCAGAGAGGCAGCUUCAUUCUCGUACUCUAAUUAGCACACCUAGAGCUACUGCUUCUCCCCAUGAGACUUACUUCAUAUCUGGCUCUAGUAGAGCCUGCUGGACUUGGAAGGUUUUGAAAAUCUGCUUUAGCCGAACCACCGAGGCGCUCUCCCAGGUUGCAGGGGAGCUCUCACACCCCAGCCCGCUGACUUUUGGGGGGUGAAGCACAGCAGAGCUUUGCAUGGAGAACUUUCUGCCAGGACCCUGAGGCCACAAACACUGUGCCUGCAAAUCUGCAUAAAACUUUUAGGAAAGAGAAAUAUGUUCCCUGACGGGCUUGCUGUUAUUGCACCUUCAGUAAGGCCUUCUGUCUGAGGCCUGAAACCUUGCCUGCUGAGGGACAUGUUGCUCUGUCUCUUCUCCCCUCAAAGUGUUGUGUUACUUUUUUAUGUAAAAUAAAGCUUGUCUGGGUUGCACGCUCCCACCUUGGUCUAGCUGCAUGCCCACAAAAGCACCUUGGCAGCUGCCUGCCACCUGCACUCCUGCCGUGAUUUCUGCAGGUCACCGCAGAGGGGGCACAGGUUUGCAUGUCAGCCUACCAAGACAGCAGUUAUCUCCUCUUCAGGAGUGCUGCCCUGACUCAGGGAGAUGCUACGUGGUGCAUACCCUCGGGAGCUCGCUUCAGAGCGGAUGAAAAGCUUUGUCUCAGAAUUAUGUUCCUUCCGAAGUGCUAUAGUUUGUGAGCCACAAAGGAGCACUCUGAAACGCCUUCUGGAAAAAAGAAAAGCUCUUUGUUUCAGGCUCAGUCAGGGAAGCUAGAUAAAGAAGAAAUGGUGUGUUUUUUAUGGCUUGCUGAACUGACAGCUUUUAAUUCCUGCACUGACUUUUACUGCAGCCAGUGCUUUACAAGGUUUCCAGCGGAGCUACGUCUCCUCUCCCCUCCUUGCUCAUCUGCUGCUCCCUCACCCUCCGAGUGUUUAUAGCCCUGGUCCCGAGUCCUCCUCCAGCAAAGGUAAACAGCAAAUGAUGUUCAGCAGCCAGAUAUAUCGGGCUGUCUCUCCAAUCCCCAGCUGCACAAAUCAGCCAUUAGACUUAGAUAGAUUCAAAGCCACGGGACUUAUCUUUUAUUCAUUAUUAUUGUAGGAGUGAGUUUAUGUUAUGUGUAGCCAUAACAAGAGCCAGCCCCAGCCUCCCAGGCAUACCGAGGGGGUGAAACCAUGCUCCCCCAAACUGAACCAAGUCCAGAGCUGGGUGUCUGUAGCAGAGGCUGUUUGUGCACAGCUGGAAUGGUGCCUUGUUCGUCCUUCUUCCUUUCUUUCCCCUUCACCCUUGAUCUGGUUUUCUGAGUUGCCAUUUGCUGGAUUUUGAUGGCCAGAGCUACACAAGGCACAGCGCACGCUCCCAUGAAGCUGCUGCUGAAAUCAAUGAGGCCAGGACCUCUCAUUGGAGGAAAGCAGCUCCUCAGGUGGGAUAGUUUCCAACCCUCCAGUAAAAACAGCAGCUGAAUAAAUGCAGAAGUUCAUCAGUGGGCGAAACCAAGCCUGUGUUUGUCCUGAAUGAUCAAUAAAUGACAUCUCAGGAGCUUCCCCACCCUCGCAACCCACCAAAACUAAGCAGCCUCUGGGCACCCUGCUGUCACCGGGGCAAAGAGAACAAGUGUCACGGUAAAUGAUCCUUAGCAAAAGUCUUGCCUUACUGCAUAUGAUUACUGCGAGGCUCAAUAAGUGUUAUUCAGUGUUACAAAACGAACUAUGAGCUCUUUGGAAAGCAGCUAAAGUCAGCGUAACUUUUUGUCUGGAUAUAUCGAUGUACGCUAGCCCUCUGCUUGAGUUUGAAAAACAAAGCUGGGUACUACUGGAGAUGAACCAAAUAUUCCUUCAGUGGGGACAAGUAAAAAGAUCUACAGCCCAGCCCCAAGACCUUUCAUUCUCCUCCAGCAGUGUCCCAGAGCCCUCCAGUUGUUUCUCUGGUUCCUUUUUCCAGGAGUACAAGCGUGGUUUAUUUUGAUGCUGGGGCUAUUGGGGGAAGGCUGUGCCCAAAGCUGACCCGUUUCCCGCAUCUGCUGGUGGAUUAUCCUUGAGCUAGUUGUUCUGUGCUUGGGUCCAGCCUCCACUUGAUGCUCUUUUGGGGUUUGUUUGGAAACCACGUGCACUUACAGAGACACACAGGUUAGGCUUUAGAUGAGAGAGUUUGCUUCUUGAGAGCUGCAAAUACCCCUGUGCUUGACAUGUAUGAAAACCACGUCAGGGACAGACCACCAGAGGUGAAACAUCCCCUUUCCUCAGACACUGCAGUUGGUGUCACCAUUUCCUUGGGUUUGUGCCUGACUACGAGGAUUUUUAUAGGGUUUUGUCUAAUUAAUUAAAGAAAACAAAUUGCAAAACUACCUUCUUAUUAAACUGCUCUCACUACGGAAAUAAGGCUGAUUACUUCCUUGACAAACUUUAAUUAGGCAGCUACAACAAGCUGUAAUAAAGACCACAAAUUAAAAAGAGAUCAUAUUAAAGGUGGCUUUGUCAAAUCCUGGAUUAAUGCUGGGCAACACACACAAUGAUUAAAUGAUAUGGAGAAGCUCCUCUUUUCUACUUGGGUAAAAAUCUAUCAUAUUCCUGGAGGAAGAUUAGUUUAUGUAAAAACAUCACAUUAAUAGCCGACACAUCAAUGAGUGUUUAACAGCAGUUUCUUUCCAUCAGCAGCUCUUAACUUGCGUUUUUUUGAGACUCAGCCUUUACAAUGUUCUUUAUCUUUUCUCUAAAUUUAUGCUUGUACUACACAUGACCCAAGGGUACUGCAAAGCCUCUGAGAAAUAGAGAAGCUUUAUUACCUGCACAUUUAUUCCCCAAUUUGUCUUUCCUCUUCUGGUAUUUUAGUGCUUGGAUUCAGCUCAGCUGAA